AUGAAUAAUAUUCUGGAAAAUAAUGAAGAUUUACAUGAAGAGUUUAAAACUCUUUUGAUUAAAAUUGAACCGCACUUUGUCUUGUUAAAAUCAAAUCUUGAAAAACUUUUAUGCCGAGAAUGGUUACACAAGUUAUUUAAGACUGGUGAACACGAAGAAUCACUUAGAAAUGCUUAUUUAACCAAAUUAUUUGAGCAACUAGAAAAAGGAAAAUUAAAAGAACCGUUUAACAAUCUUCCCAAACACAAAUCGCCUUUGUUACCUUUGACUAUUCAUAAUUUUUCCAAGCCGAAUUUUAAUGUUCGUGAUAAAAAAGCCCCCAAAAAAGUAGAGGAAUCUUUGAUUUCGGGUGUGCCAAAUGUUCGCAAGACUGUUGAUACUACCAAAUGCACGGAAAAUCAUGUUCAUAAUAAAAAAAUCAAAAUGUUCGGUAAUGUUCGUGAUGAAAAAACGAUGGAAAAAGUAAAGGAAACUUUGAUUACGGACGCAGUAAAUGUUCACAAGUCUGCUUAUGCUCCCAAAUCUACGGAAAAUCAUGUCCAUACUAAAGAAAUCAAAAUGUUCGAUAAUGUUCGUGAUAAAAAAGCGAUGGAAAAAGUAAAAGAAACUUUGAUUACGGAUGUUGUAAAUGUUCAUGAGAUUGUUGAUACUCCAAAAUCCACGGAAAAUAAUAUACAUACUAAUGAAAUCAAAGUGAAUGCGAGUUCCAAUGAAGUAAAACAAUCGGAUAUGAAUGAAAUUUCAGAUGAUUCAAUAGAAGUACAGUGGCAAAAAUCGGCAGUGGAUAAAAGUGAAGGCGGUGAUGGACUGACAUUAAAUGUAGAGACUAAAUUAAAAUUAGGAUCUGUUGAAAAAUUGUCCAAUGAAUUAAAGAAAAAACGCGAACUUCUAUCGGAACAAGUUCAGGAAAUUAGGCUGUACACUGAUAAAAACCUAAUAAACGACGAUCAAAUAAUUGUACUCAAUGGCGAGUUAAACAAAUUUAAGAACGACUUGGAAAACAUGUGUGAUCGGGAAGCAGCUGAUGAACUGGGUGCAUCAAAGUUACUUAAAAAUAUUUUGGAAAAAACUACUGGACUUGACAACAAAAUUGUAUCAGAAAUGCAUCGUUUAAAAACCAUGGUCGAGGACGCGUGUGCGAGUAAAAAAAGUAACAACUUUGUUGUGGAGCAAUUGAAGGAAUUACACCGCUUGAAAAUGGACGAAAAAGAAAAAUUCCAUGCCACGGUGAAUAGAAAAUUAAAGAUCGAGAUUUUGCAAUUAAAGGAGUACGUGGGUAAAGUCGAAGAAGAGGCCAAGUUUAAACAACUUAGCAACGAAAAUGAUUAUGAUGACGAUUGCAGCAGUACAUGA